UGUUCUUAUGUUAAUGCGCUAUAAACGAGCUCUGGAUCCGCCAUUUCUGUCACAUGUUCAUUUUCCCUUCUCACAUGACCUGUUGUUUGGCCCCGUGAUCAAAUUGCUAUAUUUCCUGGCAAAUUCAAAACCACUUUAAAAAGCCACAUGGAUAUGCUAGACCAAGCACUGGAAACAAGCCAAGAUAAGGGUAAUGAUUCACCAGUUUCUGAAGACCACAUACAGUUACAAACCCAUGUACAAGAAGGUGAAACAACCGAGGAACAAGCAGCUGCUAUAGCUAGUGUAGCUAAUAGUCAAGGUUUAACAUUAGAUCCAUCUACUGUACAGUAUCAGUUUCGUGCCGAUGGACAAGGUGGACCAGUAACAUAUAGAGUGGUACAGGUUUCACAAGAUGGAUCUGAAGCUACUGCUCAGGUUGUUACAACUACAGGUUUUCCACAGGCACAGGUAGCACAGGCUGUCAUUCAAAGUCCAUUUAGUAAUGGUGGAAGUCCAACUCCAGAUGGACAGGAACAAAGAUUUGCUUAUUACCAAGGGGCUGGGGAUGCUACAACUGUAACAACACAAGCAUCUGCUGAUGUCACAGCAGCAACUCUAGGUCAAGUGCAAUCAGCUGGAGCAGGUCAGUUUUAUGUUAUGAUGUCCCCACAAGAUGUGCUUCAAAAUCAGAGAAGUAUUGCACCAAGAACGUCUUACACACCCAAAAUGGAUGGUAGAUCACCCAGAGAUGAUAGGCGAAGAGCAACACAUAAUGAAGUUGAGAGAAGACGACGAGACAAAAUCAACAACUGGAUUGUUCAAUUAUCUAAAGUUGUACCAGAUUGUGCCUCAGAACAAGCUAAAACUGGAGCUAAUGUCAAUUUAUCAUUGCAGAGUAAGGGAGGAAUAUUAUCAAAAGCUUGUGACUACAUCACAGAGUUGCGUACAUCCAACGCGAGGAUGGCAGAAACCUUAAAAGAGACUGAACGAAUAUCUGUUGAUAACGAAUUGCUUCGGCAACAAUGUGAAGAACUAAAACAAGAAAAUGCCAUUCUCCGUAGCCAUUUACAACAACAUGGGCUCGUACUUCCAGAUAGUAUGCCCUCGUCAUCGUAAGAAAUGAUCUUAAAACUAUAAAAGUGUGUGUCGGUGUAUAUGAAUGAAGAUAUUCUAUAUUUUAAUCUAUUAUUGUGUUAUCUGAGAUAUAUUUCUGAACUGAUGAUAACGAUGUAUAAGAGAAGACAAACAAGAAAGACAUAUUGUGGUAUAUUUUACAUGUGUGGACUGAUAAGGUUGUGGAUCUUGACAACAGUUUAAUAUUUUAUUUUCCUCUGUGUUUAAUAAGUGCUUUUCAAAUCAUUGUGGUAUUAAUAUCUUUGAAAUGGUCCAAUUAUUAUCAGUGUUUUUUAUGCCUACGGUGUCAUUCUUAAAUCAAAAGAUGUUAUAUAUGUUUGUUAAAAUUUAUUACAACAAUAUGUUAUUAAAAAUUAUAUUAUUGUACGACACAAUUCAUAUUCUAUUUCAACAAAUAUAGAGCUAAACAUAACGAUUUAAAUCUGGUUCAUAUGGAAAUACGGACAUAAAAACAGGAGUUUUCUUGUAAAUGAAAAUGUUUUUAAUUUCACAGAAAUUAAUAUUGUUCGGAUCAGUUAAAUAUUAUAAAAUGAUAUAAAUGAGUUGUUUCGGAUAAAAUAUAUGUUGUGUGAAAUGACAACUUGUCUUCAGAGAUGAAAUCUCGACGUUUGUUUUUUGGCAGAUUAUAUAAAAUCGUGGAUAUAUUUAAGUGUGUGCCAGUGAAGAUAAUUUACAGAUAAUGUAUUGGGAUGGGGAGGUGGAUAUCAAAUUAAACUUAAUUUUAAUAAUUUUUAUAGACUUAUUGAAAAUAAUAAUUUGCCUUGACUACCUUCUAGUUGCAUAGAAGUACAUAUUAAGUAUUACAUGUACCCAUAUUGUUUAAAUUAUUAAUUUCCUCAGUUAUUUUAUCUUAGAAACUAUUUUAAACAUUAAUUUAUUUCAAAACUAAUUCCCAUUGGUAUCGAUCAAAUCAUUCAAAUGAAAUAUUAUGAAAUCAAAUGAAACUGACAAGUCAAAUAAAAUUUGGAUUGUUUGAAUACUAAUAUCAAACAAACAUAUCUUUCCAACUACUCUUUUGUUAUGGAUGCUAGGAGGCCCACCGCUGAGACAGAAAGCAAUCAUUUCAAUUUUUGGUUUUAGGUAACGCCUGUUUUGGUUGUCAUCAACUUAAAUACAUCCUCUGAUUAAAGUGGAAUAUGAUUGGUUACCAGUGGGAAUCAAAAGUAGGUUCAAGUUGAUUAGCAUGUAUAUUACACUGCUUGUCAUUAUGAUCAUUUGUUGGUAAAAUUAUCUUCACUUUUACAAAUUUUAGCACAAUAAUUAGAAACAAUUUUCUUUUGUUGUAUAUAGUCUUAGUCAAAAUGAUCAUAGUUUCUAUAAUUGAGGGGUUUAAUUUGGUGAAGAAUUUUAUUUUAAAGAUGUACUUGUAUGUUGGUAACUUGAAUUGAUCAGAGUUCAGUUUAAAUAUGCCGAAGUCCAACCUGUAUUUGUGUGCUAGAAAACCUUUUUUUGUUACAAAUCAUGGAAUAAAAUGUAUUAUGUUAACUGUU